GAUACUACUACUACUAUUACUACUACUACUACUACUACUACUACUUCUACUACUACUACUACUACUACUAUUAAUGCUAUUACUGCUACUGCUAUACGAAAUCCUAGGAAUUGUCUAAACACAUAUACCUGAAUCUAUAACAUUCUUUUAUUAUUCGCGAUAAACGAAAAUAAAUCUUCAAGAUGCCGCGGUGUUACAUGGUUAAGAAGGCCCUGUGCAACAAGUACAUUACCAGCGUUGCCAAAGGAUUCGAAAGCUGGGGUCGUGGAAGAAACACGCCAUCUCCAACGACUAUACAGUUACCCGUUUCGCCCAUAGAAGGGAGCGUUGCACCCACUGUUGCGCAAGACAUAACAGCUACAGGGACACCUACCAUAACCGAGAACAACAAUUCAAAAGAAUCUAUGAGUAACCAGGAAGAAUUAACAAUGGAAAGUGCAUCGGAUUCACCGAAAGUACCGCACAUAGAGAUGGCAACGGUAAUAGCUUAUACGACAUCGACGAAUGCCUUAUCAACGCCAUCAUCCAUAGAAUCAUCAAAUGGAAUGAAAUUGACCGCAAUUACUACUGCGACUACAACAGCAAUAACGUUAACGACGACGGCUACGACGAUGGUGACUACGACAACGACAAAGAUGACGACUAUGACAACAAUGUCGUCGAGUUUGCCAACGUCUAAAACGCGAGAACUUGUUACCACCAAUCUUUCGGCAUCCCAUUGUUCACCGUUAAAUGAUUCAAUCAAAUCCUCCUGUCUACCAACGAGAUACUGUACCACCGAGAACACCUCUGAACACCCUAAUGACGAUAUUAAAAUAAGAUUAACGUCUUGUUGUAAUAAUAACAACAACAAUAACAACAACAAUAACAACAACAACAAUAACAGUAUAUCCUCGUCAAAUGUUUCGUCGAUGUUCAAAGAUCGUUCGCCAGCAGAGACAGAAGCUGCGCACGAUCUCUUAGAACUUUCAAGAUCUUUACCACCUUUACCCCCACCAAGUGUAGCGAUCGGUCCUCAAAGCGUUAUCGAAACACCUGCUACAGACGUUCAAGAGAUGACGGUGUACCAACCUGUCGAGCAACCAAUCUAUCAAGUAAACACUAUCGAUCUUACCGGUUCGGGUACCGUCUAUCAUCAUCAACCACAGCAACAACCACUACCGCCAACAGCAGCAGCAGCAGCAGCAGCGAGUAUCAUUUACGAGCCAACAACUACGAUCGUUCAGCAAACAUCGGGUGGUGUCUUUAUACCACUUUCACCUGUUCAAGAGAUUCUCUUCACGUAUAGUACGCCGUCCAUACCAUGUACGUCGAUUAUAACUCCGCAACAACAGCAACAACAGCAUCAUCAACCGAUUCAACAACACCAUCAACAACAACAGCAACAACAUCAUCAUCUUCAUCAUCAUCAUCAGAAUCAAACAAUCGAAACCGCACCACCAUUGACACCACCAACCUCCGAAUGCAGCAGCGAUAUCGAAAACAAUAAUCCUAAUUCUCAACCCAGUCAACGAGACAAGGAAGUUCAAACAGUUACCGAACAAACGGAAGUUAAAGCUGCUAGUUAUACUUAUGACACAUUACUGGUCGCCGAUGGCAGGUCAAAAAAUAAGAAACUCCUUUCUCUCCAGAAAACAACACCGGAAGCUGAACCACCUGAAAACUUAGAAACAUCGAAAACUGGUCGUUACGUCUGCUGCGAAUGUGGUAAACAAUAUGCAACCUCGUCGAAUUUGUCGAGACACAAACAGACCCAUCGCAGUAUAGAUUCUCAAUCAGCGAAAAAAUGCAUUCAUUGCGGCAAAGCGUACGUUAGUAUGCCGGCAUUGGCGAUGCAUAUGCUAACGCACAAAUUGACGCAUAGCUGUGGAAUUUGUGGGAAGAUGUUUUCAAGACCAUGGUUACUUCAAGGUCAUUUACGUAGUCACACAGGUGAAAAACCAUACGGAUGUGCACACUGUGGCAAAGCAUUCGCCGAUCGUUCGAAUUUAAGAGCACACAUGCAAACCCAUUCGGCGGAUAAAAAUUACGAAUGUCCGAAAUGUCACAAGUCAUUCGCCCUUAAGUCGUACCUGAACAAACAUCUUGAGUCGGCGUGUCAAAGAGAAAACGGUGACGAAAGUAGCAACGACGUUGACACCUCGCCGUAAAUGAUGUGUGCCUGAAAAACAAAAAGAAAAAAAAAAGAAUAAAAAUAUAUCGAUAAAAAUUACAAGGAAACGAGAGACGACUAAUUUCAUAAAAUAACUACAACGUAAACGUGAUUAAGUUAGCACAUGCCAGUGAAAGAAAUAAACUACGACAUCCAGGGCAAGCGAGAAAUAUGGAGAUCAACGGUGUAGAAAAAGAAACACGAGCAAAGGCUAACAUAGAUCCGGACGUUGCAGUCCUUCAAUAAAAAAAAGAAAAAAAAACGACAGGCAGAGACCAAGAGAGGGAAAGGGAGAAAAAGAGAGAAAGAGAGAGAGAGAGAGAGAGAGAGAGAGAGAGACACACACAUACACACAUAUGCAACUUUACUGAACUAGAAAGGGGAUUUCAAAGAGAUCGUUCCUCCAUUAAAUCUCGAUCUCAACACACUACUCACUCUAUUCAAUCACGCAUAUCAGACUGCAACAAUGGAUUCAUUCUUGAGAAUAACAGAGAAAGAAAUAAUAAGAGUGAGAGAGAGAGAGAGAAAGAGAAAGAGAUUGAUACUUUCGAUUGCUUCGCUUGAAAACUUUCUACAGCUGUCAAACGACAUUCUCAUUCGCAUUAGCUACUUUUGCAAAUGCGAUUACACAUACCAUACACAUAUAUACACAUAUAUAUACAUGAAUACACUUACAGAGAGAUACACGUGUUUCUUUCUAUAAGAAAGUUUCACUUACUUCCAAUGUGUGUUAUGGAAAACAAAAAAUGCCAAAUCGUUCUUCAUUAUCGAGAAGAAUUGGGAGAUGAAAUUUUGAUAUCAAACAAACGUCACUCGUGUAUCUUCUUUUCUAUCCGCACUUCGACCAAUCUGUCUGAUCUAAUAUAAAAAUUAAACAAAUAAACGUAAAAAUAUGUAUUCGUGUGAAGAUUGUGAGAUCAUCGCAUGCUCUUGGAAUAUAUCAUCGAAAAAUAGGAUAAUAAAUUCGGAUUAUUGUCAGAGAACGUUGUGAUAAUGAAUCAAAGAAAGAAGAAAAAAUUCAAGAAGAAGAAGAAGAAGAAGAAGUUUGAUCUAUAGAUCUCUGUAGAUCCAUCGAUCGAUUUCUUUAAGCUAACGAGAAGACCAGUUUUGAAUAUAUUUAUUAAUAUUUCUUAAUAAUAUAACGACAUUUUACUUAUUAAGACGAACUUACCGAAAAAUGUUUGAUGUCUUACACAUACAAAGUCAUACACACAGACACACAUAUAUUCGAUACAUACACGAAUAAACACGGGAUGCAUAUAAUUUCGUAGACGUAGAAUGAAAGACGAAAACAGUUUUAAGUAUAAAUAUAUUUCUGAAAUUUUUUAGAAAAAUUUAUUAAUUAAAUCGAAGUGGUCAACAAAAACGGUACGAAUGUCUUAUACAUAUACACACGCACACGAACGCGUAUAUAAAUGCAUACAAAAUUACGACCACGUUUGUACCCGUAAAAGUGUUAAAUUAAGGGAAAUAUAUUUCGGAAUUGAAUUAAUAUUACGUACAUGCUUACAUGCCUGAAAUUUUACAUGAACUGACAUUUUGACAAGUCGCGUAAAUAUGUUUCCGAGAAAAAGGUCGAAAAUAUAUCUAUCAAUGUCAGUAAACAUUGUUGGUGAACGAUAAACGAUAAACAAUGUUUAUCAAUUUUCGCGUGACCAUCGUCCAAAUAAAUUUCCCUUUUUUUUACCGUAACGUCGACAUGAUACGUGAUUCACGAUCAUUUUGAUAUCACGAAAUUAACGUCCUUUGAAUUUGAAAAAAGAAAGGAAAGAAAGCACAGAUAAGAAGGGAAAUGAGAAUAACGCAAAGAAAUCGGAAGAAAAUAAUGAAAACUAUAAAACCAUAUGCGAGGGAGAAACUUGG